UACAUUUGGGAUAGUUGAGGGAUAAUAGUGAAAAUAACCACAAUAAAAAUUACAAAAAAAAAAAACUACACUCCACAGUCCACAGAAGCAGCCAGCCGCUGAGAAAACAAACCCCCGAGCCGUGAGUGACUCAUCAUUUCUCGCCAUGGCCUGUGCGAUGAUGAAGCGAUCGACGGCGACGAUGAUGAAAUCAGUGGCCGGAAAUCUCCGAUCGCGAACCUUCGCUUCCGUCUCGGUCGGGACCGAUCUGGUCUCGGCCGCACCGGAUGUCUCCCUCCAGAAGGCUCGAAGCUGGGACGAAGGCGUUGAGUCCAAGUUCUCCACCACACCCCUCAAAGACUUGUUCAAGGACAAAAAAGUCGUCAUCUUUGGGCUUCCCGGUGCUUACACGGGAGUUUGUUCAGCCCAGCACGUGCCUAGUUACAAGAAUAACAUUGACAAGUUCAAGGCCAAGGGGGUCGAUCAUGUGGUGUGCGUAGCUGUCAACGAUCCUUACGUUUUGAAUGGUUGGGCAGAGAAGCUUGAGGCUAAAAAUGCUAUUGAAUUCUAUGGUGACCUUGAUGGGAGCUUCCACAAGAGCUUGGACUUGGGAAUAGAUCUCUCUGCUGCUUUGCUUGGACAUCGCUCUCACCGGUGGUCAGCAUAUGUGGUUGACGGAAACGUUAAGGUUCUGAACGUGGAGAAAGCACCAUCCGAGUUCAAGGUUUCUGGCGGGGAGGUUAUCUUGGGCCAGAUAUGAAGGUGUUAUCAGUUUCUUCACAGUUGAAACAGGAAUUUCUACAUUUUCUAUACAGAGUUGUGUUUCUAUCCAUAUGAUAGUGAUUCCCUAGUUAAUUAUGCAAAUUAUUGAAGUAUCAUAGGUUAAUGUUAGAGGUAGAUUGAUUUCUGUUCUUUGAGAAUAAAUUGAGUUCACCACUUUCUUUAAAUGGCCGAGGAGAUGUUCUAUUUUCCGGAUUA